AUGAGGGAAGAGUCAACUGGGAAGAAACAGGGCAAUGUGAAUGCGCAAACCAUGUUGAAGCUUGAUUACAUGAAGGACAUUGCUAUAUGGGCAAGUGUAGAAGCAAAGAUUCCUCCGCUUGGUGCUUUGUAUGGCCGGCAGUUGGCUGCCUCCUAUGAAGCAUUGGGCAUUCCACCCGACCCUUCUCUUUUCUUUUGCGAAAGAUGUGAAUCUAUCCUUGAACCUGGUCAGAAUUGUACAGUUCGGAUUGAGAAGAACAAGGCAAAGACAAGACGUAGACGCAAUAAAAUGAAGAUUUCCACACAGAAUAAUGUGGUUUACACAUGCCAUUUCUGUUCUCACCGAAAUAUUGUGAGAGGAACUCCGAAAGGCUAUACGAAAGAGAUUUGUCCGCCAAAAGCUAAACGAUCUUCAGACUCCGAUUCUGCUAAAUUUGAAGUAGCAUCUACCAAUAUUGAGGCUAAUGAGGUGGAGAAUACAGUUGGUUUACCUAGCACAAUAACUGAAGUAGCAUCUACCAAUAUCGAGGCUAAAGAGGUGAAGAACAUGGUCGAUUUACCUAUAGCAACAGCUGUGGAGGGUCCUAGUACAGGUAGCCCGGGAACUCCGUUGCCAAGACUGGGUGUUUCAAUAUUGGAAUCAAUGAGGAGGAAAAGAAGUAGGUCAAGCAUCAAGAAAGUAUCUCAAACUGAAAAUAGUCCUGCUGAUGCUAAUGCUGAAAACAGUGUCAGUGCUUCGAAGAAGAGGAAGAGAAAAUCUUGGACAAGUCUGAAAGAGAUUGUAGAGAGUAGCAAGAACGAUGCUAACCAGAAGCUUACCAACUUAACAAUUCCAUUUUAA